AUGGGCAGCAUAGUUGUUCCUCAAGGUCUUCUACAGGACGACAGCCUCUCGGUUGCAAUUGUAGCAGUCGAUAAAACAGGAGAAGAGUUACUGUUUGAGGGCCAUGGCAAGGUGCACGAUAAUGGCAAGAAUGUUGAUCGCGAGUCAAUCUUCUGGCUGUCCUCCAUGUCUAAGCUGAUCACCACCUUUGCCAUCCUGAGAUGUAUCUCACAAGGCCAGAUUACCUUGGACGAAGAUGUCACCCAAUUUCUACCAGAAUUGGCCUCUCUACCCAUCUUGGACAAAUCUGAUGCAGGGGAGCUGUAUACUAAGCCUAGAACCGCACCCAUUACCAUCAGACAUCUUUUGACUCAUCAAAGCGGAUGUGGUCUCGCAUUCCUUCACCCACUCCUGCUACAAUACGCUCAAGAUAACGGAUUGAUGAUUGAUGUCGGCAAUCCGAUAGAAUAUAUCAAUAGUAAUCUCUUGGACAAGGUCGUUACGGCUACUUUGAACAAACUACCACUCUGCUUCGAAUCCGGUAGCGGUCCGUUCCUCUAUGGUUCGGGAUUUGACUGGAUUGGCCAGUUGGUGUCGACGUUGAGUGGUCAGCCUCUUGAAUCUUACAUCCAGGAUCAUAUAUGCAAGCCUCUGGGUCUCACUGAUACGAAUAUGUUGUUCAGUGAGAUCCCCGGGUCUUUCGCUGAGAACUGGGUACGCCCCAAGACCUACGAUACUGUUGCAGGUUCGUUCAAACCUAUCGUCGUAGACAUCCCCAAGCACGGUAUAGCUAGUGGUAGUCAUGGAUGUUAUAGCACUCCAUCAGACUUUUCCAAACUUCUAUCUGUUCUUCUCAACUCAGAGAUUGCCUCAAAAAUUGGUAUCACGGAGUCAGUAUGGAAGGAGAUUACCAAGCCACAGCUCAUCAACACCAACUCCUCUGGCCCUGAGUCGAUGUAUGCCUGUAUGAAUGGUCCCGUAAGACACUUGUUUGGUGUUGCCUCGCUACCUGCAGCAACGACCUUUGACAUGGGUCUUGGGGGUGCCAUCACCAAGGAUGACGUUGAUGGGAUGCGAAAGAAGGGCACUUAUGGGUGGCAUGGAAUCUCAAACACUCUUUUCUGGGCCGACAGAGAAGCUGGGAUAGCUGGUGCCGUAUUGACAAACUCUUUCCCCACCGCGGAUGAAAGAUUGGUGGCUCUUGCACAGUGGUUUGAAAAGAAGGCCUAUUCCGUUCAUUCAAGUAGUUAG